GGUGUGUAUACAGCUGCUACUUCAGGAAACAUGGCCAAGUUUGCCCUGAAUCAGAACCUGCCUGAUCUGGGCGGCUCUCGCCUGUGUCCAGCCCCUAUCGGGGCCUCGCACAGCCUGAGCUCGCCCUACUCCGUGGAGACGCCCUACGGCUUCCACCUGGACCUGGACUUUCUCAAGUACGUGGAGGAGCUGGAGCGCCAGGCCCCGCGCAACUACAGCAGGUGCGAGAGCAGAUGGCCGCGGCCCUGAAGCGCCUGCGCGAGCUCGAGGACCUGGCGCGCGCCCUGCCUGAGCUGCAGGAGCAGGUGCGCGCGCUGCGCGCGGAGAAAGCGCGACUGCUGGCCGGGCGCGCGCAGCCCCAGCCGGACCCGGAGGCCGAGGCGCGCCCGGACAAGCUCGCCCAGUUGCGGCGCCUCACCGAGCGCCUGGCCACCUCGGAGCGCAACGUCCGCUGCAAGGCCGGCUCACAGGCUGACGGCCCGGACGGGUUGGCUGCAGCGCGCAGGGAGGGCGCGCACCAGGUCCUCGACGGGGCGGCCGGGACACCUGGAACCCCGGAGGGGUCGCCCCAGACCCGGGAGGUGGGCACCGAGGCUGUGCUCGAGACCCAAGAGGCAGGUGCCCAGGCCGCGCCGGAGAUCCGGGAGGCCGGCGUGGGAGCGGCCCCCGAGACCGUGGAGGCGGAUACCUGGGUGACCGAGGCGCUGCUCGGGGUGCCUGCAGCUGCCGAGCGCGAGCUGGAGCUGCUGCGCACCGGCCUGGAGCACCAGCGCGGGGUGAGCGAGCUGCUGCGCGGGCGGCUGCGGGAGCUGGAGGAGGCCCAUGCCACCGCCCAGACCCCUCGGGGCCGUGCGGAGAAGACCACGCAGACUGAGCUCCCAGAGGAGGCCCCCUGCCUGGCUCCGGAGAGGGACAGCCGUCCAGCGGACCUGGCCGCGGCCCCGGCGGGCACCCUCAAAUCCAUCAUGAAGAAGAGGGAUGGCCCCGCUGGCGCCCAACCCAGCUCGGGACCCAAGAGCCUGCAGUUUGUUGGCGUCGUCAACGGACAGUAUGAGAGCUCGUCCAGCGAGGACGACAGCGACAGCAGCGACAGCCAAGGCGGCGCCCCGCGGCCCCCGAGGAGUAGCUCUUCCGGCUCAGGGGAUGACAGCGGUGGGGAAUCCGACUUGGGCACGCCCAGCGGUGGGGAUGUCAGGGACCCCGGGCCAGAGGCAAAGGAGGAAGCAGAACCUCAGCCCGGGACCCAGGGAAGGUACGAGCUGAGCCCGCGGUUGCGCGAGGCGUGUGCCGCGCUGCAGAGGCAGCUGAGCCGGCCCGGCGGAGUGGCCCGAGACAGCAACGCGGCGCGCCUGGUGGCCCAGGAGUGGUUCCGGGUGUCCAGCCAGCGGCGCUCCCAGGCCGAGGUGGUGGCCGGGGUGUUACGCGGGUUGGCGCGCCUGGGAUCCCCGCUGCUGACACACGUGGUGAACCUGGCAGACGACAACGGCAAUACAGCCCUGCACUACAGCGUGUCCCACGGGAACCUGGCCAUUUCGAGCCUGCUGCUGGACACGGGGGUCUGUGACGUCAGCUGCCAGAACCGCGCUGGCUACUCUGCACUCAUGCUGGCCUCGCUCGCCUCCGUGGGGCAGGGCCCGGAGGACAUGGCUGUGGUCCGGAGGCUCUUCACAAUGGGUGACGUCAAUGCCAAGGCCAGCCAGACGGGACAGACGGCCCUCAUGCUGGCCAUCAGCCACGGCCGCCAAAACAUGGUGGCAGCCCUGCUGGAGUGUGGGGCCGACGUGAACGCGCAGGAUGCCGACGGGGCCACGGCGCUCAUGUGCGCCAGCGAGUACGGGCGCCUGGACACCGUCCAGUUGUUGCUCAGCCAGCCAGGCUGCGACCCUGCCAUCCUGGACAAUGAGGGCACCAGCGCCCUGGCCAUCGCCCUGGAGGCGGAGCAGGACGAGGUGGCUGCUCUACUGCACGCCCACCUGAGCUCCAGCCAGCCCGGUUCUCAGGCCCAGGCAGCCCCAGACUCCCCGACAGCCACCCGGGCAGGCACACCGAGCGCAGGAUGCAGUGAGGUCGGAGAGGGAGCCCAGCCUAAGUGAGCUGCCAGAAACACCAGACUGGGACUCAGGGAAAUCCUUACCUCCCUGCCUCAGCCUCCGGAUCACCCGCCCACCCCGUCACACUUCUUCCCUAAUAAAACACUGCUCCUACGCUU